AUGAUGAUCCUUAACCGCUCCCAACUAUCUCUCAAUCCCUACAAAACCCUGAUGUUUUUAGCUGUAACCCUAAACCCCAUAUUCCAAAUCACAUCUCAUAAUUAUUCAUCUUCUAAAAAUUCCCAAAACAAAAUAUCAGAAAUUAAAGCCCUAAUUUGUUCACCAGCUCAAGUCCAAAAACUCAUUGCAUUCGAAUCGGAUCCUCUUCGCGCUAAAAAUAUCUUCGAUUUAGCUUCUCGUCAACCUAAUUUCUGCCAUUCAUACUCUUCAUUUCGUACCUUAAUUUGUAAACUUGGCGGUUCCCGCCAUUUCUCUCUUAUGCAAAAUCUCAUCAAGCGACUGAAAUCCGAUCGUUACCCUGUAACCCCUGACCUUUUCGGAGAUAUUAUUCAAAUUUACGGUGAUGCAAACUUACUUGGUCAAUCCCUAAAAACAUUCUAUAUAAUGCUUGAAUUUGAUUGUAAACCACUUCCAGAACACUUUAAUCAACUCCUUCAAGUUCUUGUUGCCCAUCAGAAUUAUCUUCGAACUGCAUUAGAUCUAUUUAGGACUGUUGAUCGAUUUGGUAUAUCUUUAAAUACAAAAUCUUACAGUAUUUUAAUGCGUGCCUUUUGUUUUAAUGGUGAUAUAAGUAUUGCGUAUAACUUGUUCAAUGAAAUUUUUAAGAGAGAUGUUCUUCCGGAUGUCGAGUCUUAUCGAAUUGUGAUGCAAGGGUUGUGUAGGAAAGGUCAAGUGAACAAAGCAGUCGACUUAUUAGAAGAUAUGUUGAAUAAAGGGUUUGUGCCGGAUGCGUCAAGUUAUACGACUUUGUUGAAUAGUUUGUGCAGGAAGAAGAAGUUGAGAGAAGCUUAUAAACUUCUCUGUAUGAUGAAAGUGAAAGGCUGUAAUCCUGAUAUUGUUCAUUAUAAUACUAUAAUAUCAGGGUUUUGUAGAGAAAAGAAAGCAGUUGAUGCUUGUAAAAUUGUUGAUGAUAUGGAAUCUAGUGGGUGUGUACCUAAUUUGGUUUCUUAUAGGAUGUUGGUUAGUGGGUUAUGUAAUCAUGGGAUGUAUGAUGAGGCAACGAAUUUUAUGUAUGAAAUGUUGGGUAAAUUACUAAUAAUGUAA